AUGGUGACCUUAUCCGGCGCACUCGUGAUGCCGGGCGCUCCUCGUGGCCCCCGAAACCAGAGGCGCGUAGGCAAGCUGGCCACGGCCGUCGUGGCUCUCCUCUGGGCCUCGGACUAUGUGCUUGGGCACAAUAUUCGGACAUAUCCGGGGGAGAAGAUCGGCUGGCGGCUGUGUGGACAGGUCAAAGAUCGCGAGGUGGAAUGCAGCGACAUCAACGUGCCCAUGGAUCAAUUCGACGCUCAUAAUUCUGGCGACAAGACGUUCAACCUGCCGCUCAUCCGGAUGCGCGGCCACAAUGCCACGGAGAAUCUUGUCCUCAACCCGGGCGGCCCCGGCGAGAGCGGGCUAGCAUUCAUCUACACAAAUGGAGCUUAUCUUCACGACGUUGUUGGCGACGGGUUUCACCUGUUGUCCUUCGACCCACGAGGCGUCAAUAGGUCACGGCCUGCAGCCCGAUGCUAUCCCAACAAGGAGACACGCAAGAGCAAGUUCAGGAUCAAUGACCCAGACGCCUUUACCCAAAGCAAGGAGCGGUAUGCCUGGACGCACAACUACGUUCAGGGCUGCGUCGACAACAUGGGAGAGCAUGGUAAAUACAUCAAUACGCCCCAGACGGCUGCCGAUAUGAACAGCAUCCUUAAUGCCGUGGGCCAGCAGCGGAUGGUGUUCUGGGGCUUCAGCUACGGCACCCUACUAGGCCAAACAUACGCCGCCCUCUUCCCAGAACGUGUCAGCCGCGUUAUCAUCGACGGCGUUACCGACUACUUUGACUGGUAUGAAUCGCGUAUCUUGCGGGGCGACUUCAUAGAUACUAUGAAUGUCUUUGAUGGCUUCUUUGAGCAGUGUGUUCAGGCUGGCGAUAGGUGCGAGUUGGCCUCCCGGGCCCGGAAUAAGGGGGAGCUGCGACAGCUAGUGUUGAGCUUCCUACACCGCCUCAAGACGCAUCCUAUCCCCGUCUACAUCAACGCCACGACACAAGGUAUCUUAAAUCACGCAACAAUGCUUAACGGCGCCAUAUACAGUCACCUCUUUAAUCCGAGCACCUGGCACACGCUGGCCCACAAUCUGGCGCAGGUUAUGGACGGCAAUGUGACCGAGGCAUACCUCCGGUACGGCAGCGAUGAAGCAUCAGACACCAUCGAUGAGGCCAACGACAUUAUCGACCUCAAUGACGGGUUAUCGGGACCUGCCUACUGGCCACAGGGAAGGCAGGCUCUCAUUGACUUUCUGAUGCCUUGGUAUAAGUCAUCGCCCUUUUUCUUUCAGAUGAACCGCGAGUAUUAUGCCAAGCAGCAGUGGCCAAUUCCCAAGACACAUAAUUUUGUGCCGCGCCGGCUGGUCCAGACGUCGCAUCCGUUGCUGGUUGUCUCCACCACCUACGACCCCGUCUGCCCGCUGGUGUCGGCUAAAGUCGCCCGCGAGGUGUUCAGGGGCUCAAGCCUCGUCGAAAUCAAGGGCUACGGGCACUGUUCCCUGGCCCUGCCAUCCUCGUGCCUGGCCAGGCAUGUCCGCGCAUAUCUCCAGGACGGCACCCUUCCGGACUACCACACCACCUGCGAGCCCGACCGGCCCUAUUUCCACCAGCAGGAGAGGGGUGGGGCAGCACAGCUCCCGGAGGACCGGACGGGUCAGGAGAGGAUCUUCCCUGCGCAGGUGGUGCUUUCCGACGUGACGCGCCGGCGCUCGUGA